UCUGAUCUAAUAAAUACAGAGAGAGCCACGAGAACGUCCUCUCGAAGACUGUCUCUUAAACAAAGAAAAGCCCGGAGCUUCACCCAUGGGGACGUUAGUGCACGAUAAUGUCCAGAGAUACUACGGUUCCCUGGUCCAUGUUGAUCGGAAGACCAGCGCCGCCUCUGUGCAGUCAUCUCGUUCUAUACCCCCGAGUGCCUUCAACGCUCUCCAACAGAUUCAUCCACACGUCUGUAAGAGAUACACUGGUUGUGGUCUGGUGGUCCCAGAGAAACUCCAGGGCUGUAAGAUCCUGGACCUGGGCAGCGGCUCAGGCCGAGACUGCUACAUCCUCAGUAAACUGGUCGGGAGGACGGGACACGUCAUUGGCGUGGACAUGACCCCCGAACUGAUACUGGCUUCCCGUAAAUAUAUACGAUACCAUCAGGAGAAGUUUGGAUAUGAAAAACCCAACACCAUUUUCGUCCAAGGGUACAUGGAGAGGCUGGAUGAAAUCGGAAUAAAGAAGGAGUCCUUAGACAUCUUAGUAUCUAACUGUGCUCUGUGUUUGUGUCCAGACAAAAGAGCUGUGCUCAAAGAGGCCUUUAGAGUUCUCAAGGAUGGAGGAGAAUUUUAUCUCAGUGACAUAUACUCCAGUGUUGCAGUUCCUGAAACUCUACGACACGAUGCAGUUCUCUGGGGCGAGGGGAUGAGUGGCGCCCUCUACUGGCGAGACCUCAUCAGCCUUGUGAAAGAAGUGGGAUUCAGUACGCCUUACCUGGUCACUGCAAACCGCAUUGUGGUUCACAACAGUGAGCUCCAGAGAAAAGCAAAUGGUAUUUCAUAUGUCUCUGCAACAUAUCGACUCUUCAAACUGCCCAGUAACAGAAUUCGCAGGAGUGCGGUCGUGGUCUAUAAGGGAACAGUGCCUGACCAUCCCGAUCACCUCAACUUCGACGCGCUGCAUUCAUUUGAGACAGACGUAGAGGUCACUGUCGAUGCUGAGAUGGCCUCAGUGCUCCGGAGCUGUCGUUUCUCCAACGAUUUCAGCAUUCAGGACACAGACACGCCUGUCCCACGUCAGCACUGCACCUCACAUUGUCACCUCAACCCUUUCCUGCUUGCUGACCGAUUUCUCAAGAAAGAUGUUCCCAAGACCUGUGAGGAAAGACGACCCUUAAAUUCAAUCAUUUGAGUCGAUGACGGGAGCGGUAGAAUGUGGCAAUCUUCAUCUUUAAAAUUAUUUUUCAUUUUCAAGUUGUGCAGUCAUUGACAAUAAUUUUGCGUGCUAUACAAUCAUUUUUCACCCGCCUUCAAAGAACAAUUACACCUCUGACAAAUCUCUCCUUCUACCAUUUUACGAACCUGUGCUUAUGCUGUUUGUAUUCAAUACAUUUGUGGGGACAAAUAAAUAAG